AAAUAGAUCUCUUUGCUUCCUUUACCUACUCCACGACGAUGAACGAUCCAAGUACCACCGCGCUCCUCAUGAACAAGAAGAAGAAAACAACACAAGGCCGGAAGAAGAUCGAAAUCAAGAAAAUUGAUAAGGUUAGCAGCAGACAAGUCACGUUCUCAAAACGUCGCGCCGGAUUGUUCCGAAAGGCUAGCGAACUUUGCAUAUUGACGGGUGCGGAAGUAGCCAUCAUUGUUGAAUCCGCAGGUAAGCGUUUGUACACUUUUGGCCAUCCUAACGUGGAUGUUUUGGCCGAUCGUUUCAUGCGUGAAACGUCAUCGACCGCGACACCCGCGACGGCAUUGUUCCCGCUGAGAAGGCUUGCUAGUAGCCCGAUCAGCGCGGCCCAGAUCCAAGAACACAAUUUCGAGUUCCAGCGGCUCACGCAAAAGUUGGAGGACGAGAAGAAGAAAAUAGAGCAACAAGAAAAGGCCAACUUGAUGAACUUCAACAACAAUUUCGGUGGUGCUCAAGCUCCGUGGUGGGAAAAACCGAUCGAGGACAUGGGAUUGGAGGAUCUUGAGCUGUUUGCGACGGCACUGGAAGAGCUUAAGAACAAAGUGCUGAUUAAGGCUGAGGAAUCCGAGUUGCUGGGGAGACAAUCAAAUUAUAACGCUGAUUUUAAUCCAAGCGCGUCUAGUUCAACUAGUACAAUGAUGGGAACUAAUGGUAUUGCUUAUGAUGAGAAUGUUAUUUACGACGAUAAUGGUCAAGGAAAUUAUCAUCAAUAUUUGACUUCCUCAUCCGACCCUAGCAUUCCUUUUGGUUAUCACAACUAUCGCAAUUGAAUUAAUAUGAUUAUAGGGUAUAAACAUUAGGGUAGGUGUACUAUUAUUAUUCAUAUCCUUUCGUGCAGUUUUGUAGGGGUAGGUGUACUAUUAUUAUUC